AGAAGACGGAAGAGUGACGUCACUGAAAUCCCUCAGACAUCCGGCUUCGAGAUUCAGCGGUAACCUGCCAAUAAAGUAUGAAGAAGGACGGGCGGUAGGAGAUGGAUGGAUGGAUGGAUGAAAACAAGAUGAAGAAUAGCAACAAAGUGCAGGGCUCACAUCGAAAAAGUCGGCUAUGUCUCGAUCGAUAUACACAACAAUGAACGCAUCGAGCAUUGAGGACAGAGGAGUCGCGGUGGUCUUUAUUGGAGAAUGGAUCCCAAAAUAUACACAGAUAAGAAGCAAUCUGCCUGCUUGAUGGUCAUCUUUGCUGCCAUCUUUGCUCAUCCAGCGACUUGUCAUAGGACGUGCAAUCACCGCGUCCCUCUUCCGGAAGAGGUGGUCCAUCAUGUGUAUCUGAAACCUGAACGUUUGAUGAAACGAAGCUCUGAUGACCUUCAUCUAAAAAUUAAGAUAAUCUAUGACUACAGUGUUGACCAGCUCCCAGCAGACAAGAGAAGACUUGUAAAGGAUAACCUGUUUCCGCAGGCAAUUGACUACCUCCAGAAAGCCUUAUUCGUGAGACGCAGAGUUGGGCCUAUUUUGCUCAGCAGACAAUGUGCAACCAACCAGUAUUUGAAGAGGAGGGAUGACCCACAUCGCUACUGUCAGAAUGCCUGUGCAGAUGUCACACGUUGUGGUCCAGUUUUGAUACCCCAACACCACUUACAGCAAUGCAAGAUGUGCCGUGAGUCAGGGAAGUCCUGUGGUCCCACAGGCCCCCCAGAUGGCCCAGGUGUGGAAGGGUUUGACUUUGUACUCUACGUGAGCAGUGUCAUCACUGAGCGUUGUGGACAGGAAAACAUUGUGGCCUACGCAGCUUACUGCCAACUGGAGUCGGAGUUGGACAGACCUGUUGCAGGUUAUGCCAACUUGUGUCCCACCAUGAUCACCUCACAGUCGCAGGAGUUUGAAGGAAUGCUCUCCACCGUCAAACAUGAGAUUAUUCAUGCUCUGGGUUUUUCUGCAGGUCUGUUUGCUUUCUACCGUAAUGAUGACGGCAAACCUUUGACUCCUCGCUUUGCCAGUGGCCUGCCUGCCUUUAAUGAGAGCCAGGGCCUGUACCAGUGGAGUGAGGCAGUUAUCAAUAGUGUCAGCAGGCUAUGGGACAUCAGAGGUGGGAAGAUAGUGCGACAUCAAGUACAUCUGCUUGUGACACCACAUGUUGUGGAGGAGGCAAGAAAACAUUUCGAUUGUCCCAUUUUAGAGGGAAUGGAAAUGGAGAACCAAGGAGGGGUUGGAACUGAACUCAAUCACUGGGAAAAGAGACUGUUGGAAAACGAGGCCAUGACAGGCUCUCACACCCAGAACAGGGUAUUUUCCAGAAUGACACUGGCUAUCAUGGAGGACACUGGAUGGUAUAGAGCCAACUACAGCCUUGCCCAGACACUCAAGUGGGGUCGUGGACUCGGCUGUGAUUUUGUCAUGAAGAGCUGCAAGUUCUGGAUGGACAAACAGAGACAAAGAAGACAUGCUGUGAUGCCUUACUGUGACACAGUUCGAGCUUCUCCUUUGCAGCUGAUGUGCAGACAGGACCAGCUUGCUGUGGCUGUCUGCAACCUGCAGAAAUAUCCACAGGAGUUGCCACAAGAUUACCAGUACUUUGAACAGAUUCCAAAUGUGGCUGCUGACCAGCUGACCUUUUUUGGGGGUGCAGUGGAGAUUGCUGAUUUCUGUCCUUUCAGUCAGGAGUUCAGCUGGCAUGUGAGUGGAGAGUAUCAAAGAAAUUCCAACUGCAGAGUUUCAGAGAACCAGCCAGAGUGGUGGAAGAAUUAUGCAGCAGAGCAGUACGGACCACAUUCCAUGUGUUUGUAUCAGAAGUCAGCCUUUGUCAUGGAGCAGUGCACCAGGAAGAUGGCGUACCCCGACUGGGGUUCUGGCUGCUACAAGGUGUUGUGCACAGCACAGGGUCUGAAGGUGUAUAUGCAGGAACAUUCCUUUCUCUGUCUUCGCAAAGGGCAGCUGCUCAGCGUGAGUGUGCAAGUCAACGACUGGGUGUACAACGGUGUCCUAAUCUGCCCUGCCUGUACGGACGUUUGCGACGACUGUCCCCUGCCCCAUGAACUCCCAACCAGAAACACCUCCAGGACUAAGACAAUAGAUCCGUGCUCCAGGUAUGAAGAUAAAGCCAUCACUGUCAAGCUCCAGCUCGCCCUUGCUGCUGGAGUGCUCUUCUGCCAAUUCAACUGACAGAAUGCCGUCUAGCGCAUGAAGUAAUGUUACAUUUUCUUAGAUAACUUGAAUUUUUGUGCGUGUUCUUUUCCAUUGGACAACCUUGGCAAGUGUGUAUCGAAAAAUGUUAUUUAUUUAUUGCAAAUGCACUUAAUUCGCAUUGAUUUUGAGAUGACAUCUCGAACCCCUAAGCAGCUGGACCUUGCUCAAGGGGCAGAACUCAGGAAGCACAACGUUUAGUUCCCAACAACCAUCCAAACCAGAAGUGUUUGGCGCACAGGUGCUACAGCCCGAAUACUGUAUACUGCUUGUUCUCAAGUUGAACUUAGAGUGGAUACAAAAAAGUUGAGUUGGAUCAGUGUCGUAUAUAUUGUUCCGCAACGCUAUCUUGCUAGCAUGCUAACUUUUUUAGCUGUUUUUUUCAGGAAUACAAUUAGGGAUGGGCACCGAAUCCAGGCAGUGCUUCACACAAAAUCCAACAAUGCAAUGUUACGGGUUGCCUGGGUUUCCCAUGACGUCACGUCCAUUUGCAGACUCAGUCGGAUCUAACUUGGGUCGCAGCGAUAAAUUGUAUUAAUGAUAACGGCAGUAAAACUCCCGACGGUUAGUAAUAGUGUUUUAAAUUAAAAUUAUCGAAAAACUGAGAUUGAUAACCACAAUUUGAUAAAAAAACAGACUGACUGCCGUUUGCUCGCCAGUUUGAAUGCUAACAUGAAAACAUAAGACAAAGUUUUUCCUCAUUAAGAAACGACAUACCCCAAUCUAAACUUAUAUAAACACAUUACUGUCUGAGCAACUAAGCUAUUCAAUUAAGCACAUUAAACCUACAAGCUAUGCUAUCAUAGCAGGGAAUGAUCAAUACGAGAAAUAGGAGGAAAUGUCCAAGGACAACUGAAAAGAGUAGGACAUCCAGAAAGUACAACGGCUGCCGGAAAUAAUAAAUCAAAUUUUUUUUUUUCAACACACUUUUCAUUUAAAUAAAUCUUAAAAUGCUUAAGUACAGACCAUUAUUUAAAACAAUAAAGGUUUAGCCACCUGCAACCUCAAAAAUCAUACUUGCCAACCUUGAGACCUCCGAUUUCGGGAGGUGGUGGGUGGUCGGGGGCGGGGCGUGGUUAAGAGGGGAGGAGUAUAUUUACAGCUACAAUUCACCAAGUCAAGUAUUUCAUACAUACAUAUAAAUAUGUAUGUAUGUAUGUAUAUACAUAUAAAUAUGUAUGUAUGUAUGUAUUUAUAUAUAUAUAUAUAUACAUUAUACUUGGAUUUCAGUGUUUAUUUAUUCACACAACACUCAUCUACUCAUUGUUGAGUUAAGGGUUGAAUUGUCCAUCCUUGUUCUAUUCUCUGUCACUAUUUUUCUAACCAUAUGCAUGUACAGUAGAAGGCAGUAUUGUCCUGUUUAACAGUGUCACAACAUUGCUGUUUACUGCAGACGAACUGAUUUACGGUAGACGAAAACGUGAUUGCUGUUGGUGUCUGUUGUUACCGCGCUGGGAGGACGUUAAUUAAACUGCCUAACAAUAAACCCACAUAAGAAACCAAGAACUCGCCCUAGAUCAUUCUACAGUUAUAACGUCAUUGGGCAGACAUGCUGUUUACAUUGUGGGAAAGUGCAGGUGAAAACAGGCUGUCCUCACUCAGGUCCGAAUAGAGCUGGAGGGGGCGUGGCCUCCAGUUCCGCCUGAAUUUCGGGAGAUUUUCGGGAGAAAAUUUGUCCUGGGAGGUUUUCGGGAGAGGCGCUGAAUUUCGGGAGUCCCCUGGAAAAUCCGGGAGGGUUGGCAAGUAUGUCAAAAAGGGACAAGCGGUAGAAAAUGGAUGGAUGGAUGGAAAUUUAGCCAAUAAAAUAGAUAAAACCGUAAGAGUAAAGAAUAUCAGUGAAGAAUAAGAAACACAAAAUAUGCGAAAUAUGGAGUUUUCAGCAUGUCUAUUUAUUUUAUAUAUUUUUUAAAAAUCUAAGGAUUUCAGUGUGUGUGUAAGUACUUUUUGAGCACAUUCAAUAACAUUGCAAUAACAUUGGCGCUAAUUUUGUUGACAAUAACCGUGAUAGAAAAACUUCAUAUUGUUAUAUCCCUAUCACUAGCACGUGGCCAUCACUCCAGCAGGACUCAGAGCGGCCUCAACCAAACUGCCUACUGCUAAUGCUGCAAUUUUCAAUGCUGACAAAGAAAUGGUCACAGAAAUUUAAUAAUAAAAUCAAGAUAUAACAACUAGACGGAAGUUAUAAUCAGAUUGUUUUUAAAUGUACUAAAAUAUUUUUUUUUAAUUUUAUUAUCAGAAAAAAAAUCCAUCCAUUUUCUACCGCUUAUUCCCUUUUGGGGUCGCGGGGAAAAAAUUCAUAUAUAUUCAUAUAAAUUCAUAUAAAUUCAUAUAUAUAUUUAUUAACACACUUAAGAAGGCCGAAAAUUGUUACCGUUGAGUCCUGGCAAUCUAUACCGUAUUGGUUCAAAUGUGAAAGGUAUCCAUCCCUGUAUACAACUAAGAGUUAUUUACGGUAAUUUCCGAACGAUACAUAAUGCAGCAAAUUAAUGGAUUUUUUUUUCCAGGUUCAUGGCGCCAAUUUAUUUUGUGUUGUCACAUCAAACCAACAACAUUUUUCACAUUAUAUCAAACACACUCACACAAUCAUUCCGUCAGCCAUUUUGCGCAUUUAUGCACUCACCCUCAACUCUGACACCGAAGACGACGACCUCGGCAGUUUCAGUGCGCAGUGGAAGGAUGAUGAAAAUAGCCAUUGAUGAAUUUUUUGGUGAGCGACUGUAUGCUGUGUUACAGAGGCACAGUCUUUUGUUAAAUUGGUGAAUAAACUCAAGCGCCUGUGUAAAUGUUUGAUGUUACAAUGUGUACAUCUGCAGUCUACAGACUUUACAUAUACAAAAUAAAAUAUCCCAAAAAAUA